AAACCUUACCUAUCAUACAUUUACCGAAUAAAUAUUAACUCUUCUUAUUAUAAUUCAAGAUAUAACACAUGUAUCAAACCAGCCUUAACUGAAUUAUAAUAUGCAGAAAACACUAUGUUAAUCAAUCAAUCUGAGUUAACACUAUACGAAUCAAAAAUCUAACAACUUCUUAUUCAGGUAAACUCUUUCUUAAAUUAACAACUAUCAAAACUAAUCAUCCCGACCGAACAGAUACACAGACUCCUAACUAUUAUCCACUCAUACUUAACUCCUUCCACAAACGCUUAGUCUAUAUUUCAAACAGAAUCAGAAUCGUAAUGCCAGAGUAGUGACUAUUUGAAAUGAAUUCCAAUUAAACAUAUAUCAUCCGCAAAAAACCAAAUCACGAAAACAUUGCACCUACCAGAUAAAUAGUAGUUAUAAACUCAGUUAACACAAGUCCAUCUCAUAUAAACUAAUUUCAUCUCCAACCUGUAGUAACAACGACAUCAAUUAAAAUCAAAAGGAACCCACUAAGAGAACAAACAUAUAUUCAAAUACUACUAUACAACUUCAUAUCACCAAAAACUAUUUCUAUUUCCGCAUUCAUAUACAUAUAAAUACCAUUUUAAUAAUGCAAAUAUACAUAAGAUAACGCUUGAUGAUUUUUCUUCCCUUGAAUAAGGAAGAAUUCCGGAAUGUAGUAGUUUAUUGUUUUUAACACACCCGUUGAACAAUCUACUCUUCUACUUUUAAGUUUAAAAUUAAUCUUUGAAAUUAAAAUUGGAAGUUUAUUAAUUUAGACAUUUUAAUUUAAUCUUGAAAUUGAUUUUGAAAUUAUGUAGAAUUAUACUACCUGAUGAUUUUUCUUCCCUUGAAUAAGGAAGAAUUCCGGAAUGUAGUAGUUUAUUGUUUUUAACACACCCACCCACACCCACACCCACACCCACACCCACACCCACACCCACACCCAAAUUUCAAAAGAAUUAUCAUUAACUAUACAAAAUACUAUUUCGUCUGGAUACAACAUUUAUUUCAGUUUUUGUUCUUCAGACGAAUUAAUUUGUAAACAAUUAAUGACAUAUUUAAAGAAUGAAGGUUAUGCUAUUUGUAGAAAAUCUUCAUCUUCAUCUAGGGGUGGCACUUUAACUUUACUUUAAAAGUUAAAGUUAAAGUUUGAACUUUAACUUUAAGUUUAAAGUUAAAGUAUAUUCACUUUAACACUUUACUUUAAAAAUUAAAGUUAAAGUUGAUAUUCAAAAAAAUUAUUUUUGACUGCCAUCAUAUUUAGCUAGGGAUGUAACAAUACCAAUACUACCAAUACCAAUGGUAUUGGAGUGGUAUUGGUACUGGUAGGUAUUGGCUCUUAUCUUCCGGGCAGAACAUAAUGUUUGUCGAGGCAUAUGAAAGACCACUUCUCAUAACCCUAUAAACGGCCCGACUAACACCAUGUUUUGUCCCAAGAAUAAAAGAAAAAAAGCCGGCUGAAAGCUGAUUGGUUGAUAUAUUAACCAAGAUUUAAUCGAGAUAUUUUUGUCUUAUUCUUGGGACAAAGCAUGGUGUUAGUCGGGCCGAUUAUAGGGUUAUGAGAAGUGGUCUUUCAUAUGCCUCGACAAACAUUAUGUUCUGCCCGAAAAAUAAGAGCAAACACCACUUCUAAACUCUGAUUGGUUCAUAGAUUAACCAAUCAGCUUUCAGCAGGCUUUUUUUCUUUUAUUCUUGGGACAAAACAUGGUGUUAGUCGGGCCGAUUAUAGGGUUAUGAGGGGUCGUCUUUCAUAUGCCCCAACGAGCAUUAUGUUCUGUCCGAAAAAUAAGAGCCAAUACCUACCAGUACCAAUACCACUCCAAUACCAUUGGUAUUGGUAGUACUGGUAUUGUUACAUCCCUAGAUGAUAGUAUUCGCUCUUAGAUAAUGUUUAUCAAAUAUAUUGAGUUGUCCUUUGACAAAUUCAAAAUAGUACUGUUUUAUUUUCAUUUCUUCUGACUUUGUAGUAUAUUUUAGCAAAAAAUAAACUUUUUAGUGCAAUCACGCGCAUCAUAUUGAGUGACUAAAUGAUGGCAGUCAAAAAUAAUUUUAUUGAAUAUCAACUUUAACUUUAAUUUUUAAAGUAAAGUGUUAAAGUGAAAAUACUUUAACUUUAAACUUAAAGUUAAAGUAUUUUACUUUAACUUUAAAUCUUAAAGUUAAAGUUCAACUUUAAACUUUAAGCACUUUGUUAAAGUAAAGUUAAAGUUAAAGUGACACCCCUAUCUUCAUCUUCAUCUUCAUCGAAUAUUGAGAAAUCGGAUGUAAUUCUUAUUGGUUUUUCUGAAGAUUAUUCAAAAGAUUCUCAAUGUAUAAAUGAUGUUAAUCAAGCAAAAUCACUUGGAAAGAUUCUAAUUCCAUUUGUAAUUCGAAAGAAUGAAUGGGUUUCUUCGAUUACAAUUGCAACAUUAUUCUAUGAUUUAUUCGAUCGAGAAAUCGAUUGUGAAUUUAUCGAUGAUUUUGAUUUCGAAUAUGAUCAAUUAUUAUCGAUUCUCUUACGUUAUACGAAACCUGGUGCUAUUGGUCGACCAUUUUCUCUUCCAAGAAUUAAAAGAAAAGAAGAAGAAGAGAAAGAACCAAAAGAUUAUCAAGAGAUUAUCUUUGGUAACAAAUCUGUUGCUUUGCAGAAAAUUCAACCGAAAGAAAUUGAAAGAUUACAAAAAAUUUAUCAACAAGAAUUAAAGAAAAAAAUUAUUCUCAACAAAAUUCCAACGGAUGAAAUCGAUGGAUUAGUUGCUAGUUUAACUAAAGUUGUUGAUGAUCUAAAGAAAACACUAAAAGGCGAAGAUAAUCAAUUACACACACAACGAACUUGGAUAUUCGAUGAAAAUUGUCAAGGUGCUAUCUAUGAAUUUAUGUCUUGUAUCAGACGUUGGUUAAAAAAAGCACCAAAUGUAACAAAGAAACAAUUUGCACCAUUUACACCUACUGGAGAUGUAAACGAUGCAAUAUUUUCUAUCGAUCAAUCAGUUGAGAGUGAAAAAUAUAAAAAAACUUAUGAAUUAUUUAAUUGUUUAAUAACAGAAGAUCUUAUUGCUCGAUCCAUUUCUGAUUUAGGUUCAUCGAAUAAUGAAGAACAAGCGAAUGAAUAUUUUAUGAAUUGGGUAAGAAAAACAAAACCAAUUAAUGAAAUCGAAACAGAAAUAAAAGAAAAAGAAAUUGUAUGGCAUUACAAAGAUCCUGAUCAAGCAGAUGAGAAAAUGUAUAUUUGGAAAUGA